GUGAUGUUCGAACGUCGAUGCAGGUGUGCAGUGUUGCGUCUUCUUUGUAUACUUCACCAUGAGUACUCAGAGUCGCGGAGCGGAUUAUAAUGAAGAUGUGCAUCCGGCACAGAAUUUUAAAUCUCGAAUGCGUCGAAGUUCUUGUCGAAGCAUUCAGCAAGUCGAAAGUUUGCAGGAGCCAGGAUCAAGUAUGGAGUCCGCUGACUAUCAUUCCCACAGAAUGUUGGACGCCUUCGCAAAAAGUAUCAAACAAGAUUCGUUGGAGAAUUUCAAGACCCGCCUUCGAAAAACCAGUGGACUGCAUCAAACUGAGAAACGAUUACCAACGAUCGUACGUCAUCCAUCGGAGAACCUGCUUACAUAUGAGAACGUGUCAACAUGUCGAGUUACAAGACGUCCUUGUCGCACUCCUUCACCUGGUCAUGCCUCGUGUCGGAAACCGUCACCAGGAUUUGCUGUUUCCCCUCGUCGCAGUCCGCGUCGAAGACUUUCGCCCAUGUGCAUGAACCCAGCUUGCCGAAGAAGAAUGCCUUCGCCGUGUCUUGCUUCGUGCUGUUCCUUGGCGGGCGACAUGUCCACGGAGACUCAAAGGACCGAUGUAUUGAGGAAAAGGGUCAGAAAGGCUCAAAGAGCUCGGUUCUACUUGUUGCAACGAGCUGGUCCACAUUCUUUCGUUAUUGGCGGCGAUUUGCCAGCGAAGAACAAGUACAAGAUAGACAUCGGUCCUCAGAGCUGUUCUUGCGGACACGGUCCUUAUUGCGUACACGUCCUCUUCGUUAUGCUGCGUGUUUUUCAGCUGACUGACACUGAUCCGAAGCUUUAUGCGAAAGAUUUGAAGAACUUCGAGGUGGAGUCGCUUUUGGAAAAAUUUGAAAAACGACGUGCGAAUCAGUUGCGACGAAAGAAACCGCCUGACGGAGGAACUUUCCGGAACUCAACCGCGGAAACUACUUUGCCCAAUCAAACCACGUCCUCGGAUGAAGAAUUGUGUGCCAUUUGUUUGUUGGAAAUGGUGGACGGAGAGGGGCUCACGUCUUGUCGCCACGGCUGCAAGAAUCAAUUGCAUUUUCAUUGCAUUGCGAUAUGGGCGGAAGAAUGUCGAAAUCGGCAGGAGCAAGUUUUGUGCCCAUUAUGUCGCACUCCUUGGGAUGAGACAAAGCAUGACAGUGGCUCGAUGUCCAUGGUGGAUGUGUUAGUCUCACCCGGGCUCCUGAGUUCAUCACGCUCCGGCUCGUGUCGGAAGAAAACAUCGUGGCCAUGGAAAUCGUCCAAGUCGACGAACCCUGAUCUAGAAGACUGUAUUGGAAGUACGGAAGACUGUCAGAGUUUUGUGUCAUGCGUUGGUGUUCCAUUGGAAGUUAGAGCAAAAGCAAACGCCUGGAGUCGCAUUUUCGGGGCAGACUUGAUCUCCAGUUUGUUUUCGAGGGAUUGGAGCAUUCGUGCCGCCGGAUUGAGGAAUUUGAAUCUGCAUCUGAGCAGAAUUUUGGCUUCCGGGACAGCUGCUUUCACGACGGAUUGGAUCGUGGAAGCAAUAAGAACGUCAGUCGGAGUUCUCAUGGUGAUGGCGUCGGAUCCUGUGUACAAAGUGUAUGUCGGGUGCAUCCGAGUUCUACGAACUAUCCUGUCUUCUCCCUUCGUUGUUGAUGCAUCUCCUGAAGAAAGUGUCGCUCGGAUGCUUCAGCCGAUAUUGAACGCGAUUAUUCUGCGCUGUGCAGACUCGAACCAGAGGACGAGUCAGUUGAGUUUAGCAACGCUCGCCGAACUCGGCAAAGCCGGAGAAGGUCAGUUGGGAGAAUAUUUCGGUACUCCUGGAUUCAAAGCUCCUUUAGAAGCUGUCCUUGAUGCUGUGAUUGUGGAUGCGGUGCCUGGCGGAGCUGCGGAAUGGCAGUGGACCCUUGGAAGACUCUUAGCUCUCGAACGUUUGGUGGCUGUUUUCCCUCAAGAUUUCUCGAUAGAAUAUGUUCCACUGAAAACGGACACGCAGCAAGGUUCGGAAGGCGAAGAAGAUGGAUAUAUUUUGAGGAAUUUCAACAAAAUCAUGGCCGUUCAGGAAGUAGCUUGCGCUUCGGUGGCAAACUCUCAUGCAGUCGUUGCUCGCACUGCUCGUCAUCUUUUUGUGACUGCGGCACUCAUGUGUUGCGAUGAACCGGCAGCCUACAACGAAGUUUGCGCCAUGUUGGCCACUCUGGAACCCGGUUUGCGGCAAAGACUUCAGAAAAAGAUAAAGCCUUCAAGCUCGGAAGAGUCUGGUAGUACGAGCCAAAAGUUGCAUUUGCGUCUGCCGCUGACGUCCAAGUUGCUGACGCAGUCUUCGAAAAGGCUGCACCAGUUUGUUGUGACGGGUGGAAAAGUUUAUCGUGGUGAGGAAACUGAUGGAUCGAUGCCGCGAGAGGAAGAAAGUUGUGGAAUUGGUCGUCCUCCUGUCGUUCGUCCGACGCAUUUGCCGCUUUUGGGACAUGGAUUGGGGAAGCAGAAACGAGCCAGGUGGUUUCAGUUCCAGAAGACGCAGUUGACGAAGACUGUUGCGCAUGGGGAGAAUAAACAAGCGAUUCCAGUUCUUGAUGCGAAAGCGAAAUUCAAAGCACGAGCGCCUGCAGCGGUUGACGAUGAAAGCGCCUUACGUUUCAAAGCUGAAUUGGUGCCCCUGCGGGUGAACGCGCAGCUGUUGCCUGCAUUGCCGUCUUGGCGACCUAAGCCUGGGCUGAAACUCCAAGAGAAAGCUGAUGCUGGAGCAAACGAUGGUGCUGAGGUCGUUAUUGAUUACAAGGAGGGCAAAGAUUGGGUGCGAGGACCGUUGUUGGGAGCUGGAGCCUUUUCUUCCGUCUAUCAGGCGAGAGACGCGAAAACGGGUUCAAUAAUGGCCGUUAAACAGGUCCCCUUGAGACGGAAUUCGAGAGAAGAGGAGAGACGUGUUGAAAAUGAUAUGAAAGCGGAAAUCGAUCUAAUGACGCAGCUGGAUCACGAGAAUAUCGUGCGCAUUAAGUUUGCGUGCCGUGACUUACGAGUAUUCAACAUUUUCAGUGAAUGGAUGCCAGGGGGUUCCGUGGCUGCCUUACUUGAAAAAUAUGGCGCCUUUUCUGAUCAGGUCAUAAUCAGUUACACGAGCCAGGUCAUUCAAGGCCUCGCUUAUCUCCACGAUCACCAAGUUCUUCAUCGUGACCUGAAGGGCGCCAAUCUGCUUGUCGACAAGGACGGACAAAUGGUGAAAAUUGCGGAUUUCGGCACUGCUGCGCUUUUGCGGGGAGCUCGUGGAACGGUUGCGGGGGAAUUGCGAGGACAAGUGACGGGCACAGUAGCAUUCAUGGCGCCGGAAGUGCUUCGAGGCGACGACUAUGGGCGGAAGUGCGACGUCUGGAGUGUUGGUUGCUGUGUGUUGGAAAUGGCCACUGCGAAGUUGCCGUGGGACGAGCUGCGGAUUGCAAACAAUCUUGCGCUAAUGUUUAAGGUGGGGGUCAAUGUUCUUCAUGUAUUUCAUUGGAGAAAUUCCUCAAGAAUGUGACGAUUUUAAUUGAAACAGUAGAAUCUCAUCGCAAUGAAUUAUUGGUCACGAAGAAGUUAUUUCUCAGGUCCCUAGCCUAAUAGCGAUAAUGUUAUUCAAGUAACUUCAUAGCGAAUUUAACAAUUUACCUUCAUGACGAGUCUUUUUUCCCAGUCCUGACAGCUUCGGCGUAACGAGAUUUUACUGUGAUUCGAUAUUCCGUGAUCGAAAAUCGCAGCUGUGUCUUAGCUGUGGGAUUGUGUGUCUGAGCCUGCUGUGGUACAGUAAUCGGUCAGUUUCGCGUUUACUAAUUCAAAGGAAAUUGGUUCUAUGUUCGCGAAUCAAAAUCCUGCUUCGAUUUAAUAGUUAAACGUCGUAUGUUUUUAAUUUAAAAAUUCCAAUUUCUGCGUCGAAUCUGUCGAAACAGAAGUUUGAGUUCGUUCGUAUAAGGUAAGACCUUCUUCUCCCUGGGAGACUCCAGAAAUUGAACCAAGUACCAGUUCCACUCAAUUUAUUAUUCAAGAUCCCGCUUCAAUUGCCUAUCAAAUGGCUGAAUCACCGACCGUCUCGAGAAGAACUUCACUUGACUUGAAUUCUGACCCAACGAAAUUUCCCGACCUCCUCCGUGCUAAAUUAAGUGAUUCGGGCCAACUUGACGUGAUCUUACUCAACGUAUCUCAACUUAAUUUCGACCGAACAACCUGCGAAAUUCAGGCGACCCGUAAAUGACAUUUUCUAAUGCAAAACUCACGGAGUUGGAUGUCGCGUGUUAAAAAUAAAAAAAAAACUCGGAAAGGUCUGUAAUCUUUCAAAUUGUGCAUUAUUUCCUACUUGAAAGAAUCUGCUUCAAUCGUGCGUGAAAUUGAAGAAAAUUAGUUUCGCGAGAACAUCAAGGAAAAGGAUUCAAGUACUGUAUGUGUCAAUUUAUCCCGAGAAUUCUUAUUGUUGAUUUUAUUUGGCGUGAGAACCUUUUAUGAGCGUUCAAGGAAUCGUGUUCCUGGAUUGUGAAUGUCCACGCACACAAUUUUGAUCUCAUCUGAAGUAUGUUGAAUUGGUUAUGAUAGUAAUGAUUACGGGAUAACUUUUCAAGCACAAAAAAACUAUCGUUUUAAAUUGAAUUUUCGGUUGAUACGCGCUCAAUUUACCUUUAUCAACGGGAAAUAAUCAAAGGUUUUGUGACUGUGUAGGUUGCAAGAACUGAAGCACCGCCGGCAGUCCCCGUGACUUUAUGUGAAAGCUUGAGGGAUUUCGCAUUACGGUGCUUGGAAAUUGACCCCAACCGGCGUCCGUCUGCCAAGGAGCUCCUGAAUCAUCCAAUAUUCGACGUCGACGCAUCUGGAACGUCUUCGAGGAACGCGACUUGAAUCUUUGGCAUCUAAAAACAAAACGCUUCUGACAAACCUUGAUCGGAUCAUGGCGAAAAAAAACCUUAAAAGAAGAUUCUUGCGUUUCUUCAAAGUUCAGCUGGUAGGUAAGAUAUGGUUUCAUUUCGAAAGAGUCUAGACUACAUCAGUAUCUUUGUGAAAUCAUGAAGGGUAUCCGUACCCUGUGUUCAUAUUACCACCUGUGCGGAAGUUUGUAUCACUCGGAUCUCGUCCUGAAUUUUUCAACAUUUUACCUGCUUCCAUUUUCUUUCUUUUUUUCUCUGAAGAGAAAAAGAUAUUUGAACAAUCGUUUGCGGUGAAGACCGAAGUUUAACCCUUACCUGACGAGAAACGUGAACCGUUGCAGCAGUUCUACCAAUUUAAUGAACGAUUUCUUUAAUUUUGUAUAUACUGUACGAGGCCUUGUGGAAAGCACUCAUGCGUGCCAAGUAGAUCAAAAACCGUUCGUUCGGGAGAGAUUUUAGGAAAAGACGUGUUCUGCAAGGUUUUUAUAUAAACAAAUGGAGUCUCGGGAGGAUAUUUUUGUCAAUUUUUCUUAGUGUAGUCAGCAUUUUUCGAGCUUCGCUCCCACCGAUGCUUUAUAUUCUUGAUCUUGUGGAUACUUCGGCUGCUGUGUUUGUCCAAAGAAAGAAGUGAGGAGCUGUUCGAUCUGCCUACGAAACAUUGUCGUUGUGCCUUUUUUUUUGUGUUGUGUUGAACUCUUGUGCCGAUCUGGGGCCAUUAAUAUAGCGAAUGAAGUGAGGAAAAACGUUUGUUUUUUUCUUACUGCGUGGUGUGCCGUGUCAACAAUUUUUGCGGAAAUGUUGCAGUGGCCGGUUUCUUUUUUUUUAAUUGUGGUGUUGGAACUAACGUUCUGUCAAGAUGGUGACGGGUAAUGGGGUACAGGAAGAGAAGCCGAUUGUCAGGACCCUGCCGCAAUCGCCUACUGGUUUCUUGAACUUUGCGAAAAACAUUAUGUUCUUGCUGGGAUCCGUUGUUGUGAUCUUCAUUGCAUUUCGCAAUACUCUGACAUGGCAUGCGCAAAAGUUCUGGGGAGCAUCGGCGGAUUUUUGGGAGCACCUGUGGGGCAUGUAUCUGGAUGUGUUCAUCAGAGUUUUCGGAGAGAGCAAUUUGGAAAUCAAACUGAUGACAUGGGGUUCAUCACUGGUAGUUUUCUUGGUUUAUUGGUCACUCGGGGCCAUUUACACGUUUUUCGACUAUUUUAAUGUACCCGAGUGGAUUCGGAAGUACAAAAUUCAGCCCGGAACGAAUGAACCUGUGGAACGUCGCCGACUUUUGCAGGUGGUUGGUCAAGUUUUGGUGAAUCAAAUCGUCGUCGGUGUGCCUUUUGCAUUCGUUACGUCUAUCCUUUUGAAAGCAAGAGGUUGCACAGGAUCAAGGAAGCUUCCUUAUUUUGAAGAAGUUGUUUUUGAACUCAUCAUCAUGGUUAUUGUUGAAGAAGCAAUGUUCUACUACUCUCACAGGUUAUUGCAUCACAAACUCUUGUACAAGUAUAUUCACAAGCAGCAUCACGAAUGGACUGCGCCGAUUUCCGUGACCGCGAUUUAUUGCCAUCCGUUGGAGCACUUAUUCAGCAACCUUCUUGGUCCGUUUGCUGGCGUACUAGUCUGUGGUUCGCACAUUGCAACGCAGUAUCUUUGGUUCUCCAUGGCUAUUGCGAACACACUGAAUGCGCACUCUGGGUAUCAUUUGCCAUUUUUUCCGUCUCCAGAGGCACACGAUUUCCACCACCUCAAGAUUUACAAUCCCUUUUUCUCUGACGGCGCUGAAGAAGAAGAAGCUGGGGAAAUUAGAAACGUCACUUAUGGUGAGGCAUUAGAACUUGCAGAGCAGGGUUGUUCUUACGCUACCAUUUGUCCAAUUAGAAUUAAACUUUUAAUUAACGGAUUGGACUGGAUAAUUGCCAUCAUCUCGGCAGCAGAAGACCCAAUUAAUGAUGCCCUAUGUUCGGUAGUUAGUAUUGUUGCUAUUGCGGCAUGGACAGAAUCAUACUUGUAUAAAGGGUCACGCAUCGCUUCAGGCAACCUUGAUUGUCUCGGCGUGCUGGCUGCACCCGGUUGCGUCAUCAUGGUUUCCGACAUCGUGGGGAGAGUUUCCUCAUCGGCGGCCAUGAUGGUUUCCUCAGCUGCUGUUGCGCCAGGAGAAAGAAACUUUCCUAUUUCGUCAGUCACCCUUGAUUGUCUCGGCGUGCUGGCUGCACCCGGUUGCGUCAUCAUGGUUUCUGACAUCGUGGGGAGAGUUUCCUCAUUGGCGGCCAUGAUGGUUUCCUCAGCUGCUGUUGCGCCAGGAGAAAGAAACUUUCCUAUUUCGUCAGUCACGUCUGAAAAUAAUUCG